UGACCCCCGAGACAGGUGUCGGGCGAGAAGCGAGUCCUGAAGAGUGGUAGAGCGCGCGGCCCGCGGCGUGACGCGCAGCCCCUGCCAGUCCCCCAUGGCCCCUUGGAGCCGAGAGGCGGUGCUGAGUCUCUACCGGGCUCUGCUGCGCCAGGGCCGAGAGCUUCGCUACACUGAUCGAGACUUCUACCUUGCCUUCAUCCGCCGUGAAUUCCGGAAGAAUCAGAAGCUAGAGGAUCCUGAGGCCAGGGAAAGACAGCUGGAGAAGGGCCUGGUCUUCCUCCACAGCAAACUGGGGGGGAUUAUUUAAGACCCUCUCCUGUCCCCUC